CUUUUCCUUUCUGUUGUUGUAUGUAAGCUCCGAGGAAGGACGGGAGUAGGGCCGGCGUCGAUUAAACAAUUUAAACUAUUUGCGUUUGCCUGAUUCACGGCGCAUAUGCUUCCCCUAUCUUUUUAACUGCUCUUGUUAUCUUCAUCCUAUCCACUUGUUUGUAAAAAAACCUCUGUCCUCCAGUUAUCUUCUUCCAUCCUUGGAAAUCUAAUUUCAAUGGCGUCCAGUUCCUCCUCUAGUAUUAUGGCGUCUCCCAGUGCUAACGUUAGCAGCUAUGACGUUUUCCUAAGCUUUAGAGGCGAAGAUACUCGUGAUUCUUUUACGGAUCAUCUUUACCACGCAUUAAUACGAGCAGGAAUUAAUGCUUUUAGGGAUAACGAAGACAUCAAGAGAGGUGAAGAACUGAAGCUAGAGAUCAAGAAAGCAAUCAAAGAGUCUAAGGGUUCAAUAGUUGUGUUGUCAAAGAACUAUGCAACUUCCACUUGGUGCCUUGAUGAGCUUCUGUUAAUACUCGAACAAAGGAAGGAGUGCAAUCAUUUUGUUCUACCUGUAUUUUACCAUGUUGAUCCUUCUGAUGUCAGGAAACAAAAAAAUACUUUCGCAAUCGAAGUCAAAGCCUCUUCAAGGUGGACAGAUAACAACGUGAAGGUGUGGAAAAGAGCUCUUAAGGAGGUUGCUAAUUUGCGUGGCAUGGCCGAUCAGUCCAGGCCUGAAACAAAGCUUCUGGAGAAAAUUGUUUACUUUAUUUACGAACAAUUGGAUCAUAAAGAAGUUCAUCUUCCAAUCAAUCUAAUAGGGAUGGCUGCUCGAUACAAGGAUGUAAAUUUCUUGUUAAAUGGAUCCAAUGCUGAAUUUUUAGCAAUCUGUGGCAUGGGUGGAAGUGGCAAGACAACAUUGGCCAAGUAUAUUUUCGAUUCAAAUUGUCAGAAAUUUGAAAGCAUGAGUUUUAUUGAAGGCAUUGGUCCCAAAUGUAAAGAAUCCAAUGACUUGCUUAAGCUACAGGAACAACUUCUCAGAGAUAUUUUGGGAGGCAAUAAGAGAAAAAAACCUAGUGUUUGUCAAGGUACAUUCAAGAUUGAAGAAGCCUUACGAGUGAAGGAGGCAUUUAUUGUUCUUGAUGACAUUGAUGAAGUAAGCCAGUUGGUAGCUUUACUUGGAUCCGGGUAUAUUAACAAACAAAGCAAGAUUAUAAUAACCACUAGGGCACAUAGUAUUGGUAAAUGGUUUCAGUUCAGAUCUUGGAGGUGUGAAGAGUACCAAAUGAAAUUACUGGAUGAUGAUGAAUCAUUGGAGCUUUUAAGUCAACAUGCAUUUGGAUCCAAAAGUCUAAUGGUAGGUUAUGAGGAGCUUGCAAAACAGGUUUUGCAAUAUUGUGAAGGAAAUCCAUUGGCUCUUAAAGUGUUGGGUUCCUCUCUAGCAGAGGAUAACAGCAUCCCAUUUUGGGAAAGUACAGUGAGCUUAUUGGGAAGAGAUAUACAUGAUAAAAUUCAAAGUGUACUCAUUAGGAGCUACAGCACUUUGCCACAUGACUCUAACAAAGAGUUGUUUUUGCAUAUUGCAUGUUUCUUUGUUGGCAAAGACAUAGAUUACGUGGUGAAGAUUUUGGAGCGUGAUUACUCUGCAUUAUCUGGGAUUAAAAUUCUAACCAACAGAUGCCUUCUUUCUGUUUCACCAAACAAUAAACUGAUGAUGCAUCCAUUGCUUCAAGAGAUGGGGAGAACAAUAGUCCAUCAAGAAGCACCAAAGGACCCUGCAAAACGAAGUAGAGUCUGGCGUAAUAAGGAUUCUUAUGAUGUUCUACGAAAAGGAAAGGGUUCUGAAACAGUGGAAGGUCUAGCACUUGACAUGCAAAUGUUAGCCCAAGAGAACUACUCAUUCAAGCAUUCAGAACUAAAGACAGAUGCACUAAAAAAGAUGGAUAAACUAAAACUGCUCCACCUAAGUAAUGUGCAACUCGAAGGGUCAUACGAGAAUUUUUCAGAAGAUUUAAGAUGGCUCUGCUGGUUUGGAUCCCAAUUAAGAGCAAUACCCUCUGACUUAUCCAUGGAAAACUUGGUGGCUAUGGAUAUGAGCUAUAGCAACUUGGAAGUAUUUGAUCCGCCCAUGGUUCUUCAAUCAUUGCGGAUAUUAAACCUUAAAGACUCGCACAAUCUACUAGAAAUCCGCAACAUGUCCAGGAUCCCUCAUCUGGAGACUUUGAUUCUUUGGAACUGUCACAGUCUGGUUCAUAUUUGUGAAACCAUUGAAGACCUGACAAGUCUUGCACUACUGAACCUAACAGGGUGUAUAAACCUGUUAGUAGGGCUAAAAGUUUCUACUUCUGAUGGAGGCGUUGCAAAACAAACUACCUUUUCCUUCCCACAUUCAUUACGUCGCUUAUUCUUCAAUGAGUGCAAUAUUGAGUUUACUGAUUCUUUUUGUCUGAGUUUCAGUGUUCACAUAUCUUUGCAGUACUUGAAUUUAGGCAAUAGCCUAUUUGAGUUUCUACCUUGUUAUGAUCAUCUUAAAAAUCUUCGGGUCCUUGACUUGAGUUUUUGCUCAAGACUUAAAUGGCUUCUAUGCCUCCCAAGUACACUCGCAGAAUUAUACAUAUAUUAUUGUACAUCAUUGGAGAGAGUAACUUUUGAAUCUCCUCGUUUCACAUUGCAAGAGUUUGGCUAUGAAGGUUGUAGUAGUUUGUGUGAAAUUGAAGGCUUUAUCAAAUUAUUCCAUAUAACCAAACUUGAAGAUAAUGAUUUGGGACACAUGAAGUGGCUAAAGGAGUAUCAAAAUUAUAAGGUGUGCCUGGUUGGUGAUGAUGAGCUUACCAAAGGCAGAAGUUCAUAUUUACAGAUGUUGUAUGAAUUCGAUAUAAUGAGCACAUCUCUACCAGACAUAAAGGGUCCAAACAUGAAGCCUAAUUAUGCAUCAAAGUUAUCGUUUUUGUCCUUUGACGUUCCUUCAGAUCCCACAAGUAGGAGGCUCAAAGGACUUGAUGUAACUUUCAAAUAUACAAUAUCAGGUGAUGAGUGUGCAUGGUUCUGUAAAAUAUGUACGACCAAAGGUGUUGAUUUGAUUUACAAUCCCAAAGUCUUCGGCAAACCUGACUCUGGUAAAAUUGGUAUAUGGUUAAGCUAUUGGCCAAUUGGAAACACAUUGGACAUUGGAGAUACAGUUAAUGUCUCUAUUGUUGCCAUGAGAGGAUUGAAGGUACACGAGUGUGGUGUGAGUCUUGUUUACUCUGACAAUGAAGUAGCUGAGGAAACCUUGAUUAAUAACAAGGGAUGGGUAGAAAUUCUUGGAGGAGAUUUGUCUGGAUUUCAACUAAGCACAGGAGUGUACUAUCUUUGUCGGCGUGAUUUCUUUGAGUUGGUGGAGGCUGGUGGACUGACUCGUGGUUGGUUUAGAAUGUUAGUUGGUGGUACCAUUGACCAUACAGAGGUACAGGGAUGGAGAAAAACAGGUCGACCUAGGCAGUCGAACCCAUCAAUUACAGAGUUGAGAGCUGUUAGAUGCGUCAUCCAUGGUCCUGAAUUGGAGGAGAUGUACAAGAUGGCAGAGAUGUCAAAAUCAUCUUUUUUAGAUAAAUGUUCAGACGUCACAUCAAGCAUACUUGGGGAUACAAGUUCAAUAGCUUCUGGUUCUUCCUCAAGCAAUAAGGCUUCUCCUGAUGCUAAUGAUGGCAUCUACGACGUUUUCUUAAACCAUAGUGGCAGAGAUACUCGUAAUUCUUUUAUAGAUCAUCUUUAUUCAGCAUUAAAACGAGCAGCAAUUGAAACGUUUAGGGGUGCCCCAGAAUUCUACAGAGCUGGAGGAAUGAUGUCACCGAGAGUAAUUAAAGGAUCUAGAUCUUCAAUAAUUGUAUUGUCAAAGAACUAUGCAACUUCCACUAUUUGCCUUGACGAGCUUUUGUUGAUCCUCGAACAAAGGAGGGAGCAUAAUCGUUUCGUUCUACCUAUUUAUUAUCAAGUUAAUCCUUCUGAUGUCAGGAAUCAACAAAAUACUUUUGCAAUCAAUGUCAAAUCCUCUCCGAAGUGGACGGAUCACAAAGUGAACCUGUGGAAGAAAGGCCUGAAGGAAGUUGCUGAGUUGGGCGGCUUGGUUUGUUUGGGGCCUGAAACAACUUUUUUGAAGGAGAUAGUUGACACCAUCAACAGUAAACUUGAUGGAAAGGAAGUUCAUCUUCCACCUAAUCUAAGUGGGAUGGCCACUCGAUACCAGGAGAUCAAUUCCUGGUUAAAUCAAUCCGAUUUUCAGUUCUUAGUAAUUUGUGGCAUGGGUGGAAGUGGCAAAACAAAGCUGGCGAACUAUAUUUACAAUUCAAAUUUGAAGAAUUUUGAAAGUACAGGAUUUAUUGAAGACAUUGAUCGCAGAUGUAAGACACUCGAUGAUUUGUUUGAGCUACAGGAACAACUUCUUAAAGAUAUUUUAGGUGGAAAGAAGAGAAAAAUACCAGGUGUUUCUCCAAGUACAUGUACGUUUGAGGACGCCUUAGAAACAAAAAGGAUGCUUAUUGUUCUUGACAACAUUGCUAUAUAUAGUCAACUACUCACUUUACUUGGAACCGGGAAGAUUAAUGCACAGAGCAAGAUUAUAAUAACCACCAGGGAAAAUACAGAUAGUUGGUUUAAGUUUAGAGAUUGGAGGUGUCAAGUUCAUGAAAUGAGGGAUGAUUGAAUAAGAAUGAAUCAUUAUCUUUUAAGCCUCAUGCUUUGGUUCCAAUGUUCCUAUAGAAGAUUUGGAGGAGCUUGUUUGUAGAAAUAGCAUGAUAUUGUAGAGGAAUUCCUCUUGCUCUUGUAGUGUUCGCUUAAUUCUUCUUUAGCCAAUGACAAUAUCAUCUUAUAUUGGAAAAGCUAAUUGGAUUUAUUGAAAAAUAAAAAUUGAUUCUUGGA